AUGACAAGCACCACCACAAGCCAUGUGUUGUCUUAUUGCUCUGACCAUUCCUCUACCAAUCCUUCACGCCAAAUGUCAUCCAUAGAAACCCUUCUCCACGAACCAAUUCUCCAUUCCGCACACCAAGGCCACCACAACUUUCUCACCAAAUCAAUCAAUUCUUCAUCAUCAUCAUCAACCAAUUGCUCCGAAUAUUAUGAAUCUGUGAAAGACAACAACAAACUUUCAUUGUUAUGGAGAACUUGUAACAAAAUGACAACACCGCAUCAUUCUCACACCACUGCAUCUUUCAAAAAUAAUUUUCCGAUCCAUGGUGUGGUGGAUGACCAUCGUGAUGAUGAUGAUGAAAUAUUCGCAUCACCAACAAGACAAAACAACACAUUUUCACAUCAGAGGUCAUGUCACAUUCUCUUGACAGGCAUGUCCAUCUUGUAUUUACUGUUUGUGGUGAUUGGUAUGAUUCUACUGCCCAUGUUGAUUUAUAUCCAUGUCAUAUCUGCCAAAGAUGAAAGUAUUUUUCACAACACUCAACACUCCUCGUCAUUGCCAUAUUUGAAAACAUUUUUUACGAGUGAAAAAUUUCUAAAUUCAGAAAUACACAAAAUUGAGAAUUCUCUCUUAUCAAUGGCGAAUAAUGAUCAUGAAAGAGAGGACGUGAUGGAACCUUUUUUCGUGUUGACCAAUGAAUCUCUUCAAAAUUCAACAUCCAAUAAUUCAACCAAUUCGACAUUUGACAUUUUGUUUUUUAGAACCAAGACAAUUACUGAAGUGAGCUCUUAUUUCCAAUUGAUAUUUGCUUCAUUGAGCUUUUUUUCAUGUGGUGUGACAUUGGUGGUCUAUUGUGGAUUUUCUGAACUGAGAGGCAGAAAAAACUUUCCAAUUUUAGUUGCGUUUAUCAUCACAGAAGGAUUAAGUUUUGUGAAACAUUUCUUAAUUUUAUUUGGAUACUUUUUUGGAGUUGGAUAUGUUGAACAACAUCCAACAAGAACAGACAAGAAUCUGUGUUUAGCUAUUGGGAUUUUCGAAUAUGUCUUUAAUUUCGCUUCCUAUUGUUUUGGAUUUUGCAUUGUUUUGGACUUGUUAAGAGUCGUCUCUAAUCCAAUUAAGGGAAACAGAAAUUUCAUUCUCUAUCACGUUAUCAUGUGGUCAUUAGCUCUAUUUUCACUUGUUGGUGUUGUGACAGAAAGUAUUGUGAAAGAAGACAGCAACAACUCGUGUAUUAUUCUUCCAGAUAAUUUAAUUCUGGGUUACGUUAUUUAUUCCAUUAAUUUAUUGAUGGCUUUUAUUGGACUAUGUAUUUGUGCCUAUGUUUGGACAAGUUUAAGAAAUGGUCUUCCUGGUACUCAACAACUUCGAAAUGGAAUUAUUGUUCGACAAGUCUUAUUUAGUAUUGUCAUUACUAUAUCAUUAAUUGGAACUUUGCUUUCAAGUGUAAUUCUUAAAAGUAGAAUUAGUGACAUUAUGAAUAGUAUGGAUAAUGAAAAGAUGGAAGACAUUGCAAUUGUCUAUUUUGUACUAUUUGCUCGUUACAUGUCCUUACUAGUUUCUGGUAUUGAAGGUUUUGUCCUUUCCAUCAUUCUCCUCUCAGAUCCAAUUGUUUUGAGACAUUUGAAACGAUUGAAGAGUUUCCUUUGCAUGCUCACAGAAAAUGAAAAGGGUGUGAAUCUUUGGGAUAGAAUUAAAAAAAAGACAACAAAAAGCACCACCAUUCGAUCUCUCUAUGCUCACAUGUUGGAUGGAUUGGACGACGAUUAUGAACUCGCCUCUCGAAGAAGAAAUCAAAUUCAAAAAGCAAAAGAUUCAUUAUAUCAUCAAAGAUUACUCUUUGAAGGAAUUAUGGAUGAUGAAGGUUCUGAAGCUGAUCGUGAAUUGUUCUUGAAAUACUUGGCACGAGAAGAUGAACGAUUUUUUGAAGACUCUCUAUCGAAUGUUGCCAUUGAUUAUUUAGUGAGAAGAGAUUUGAUUUUUUGUGUCUUGUUGGGAACACAACAUUGCAUGAAACAAUCUGCUCAUCAUGAUCAAAUUGUGAAACAAUUUAGUAAUUUAGAAAUUACUUCUCAUAGAAAUACUUCUUAUGGUUCACCAAUUAUGAAGAAACUGUUCCAUGCCUCUUAUCGAUCCAUCACUCACAAAGGUUUAUUUAAUUGUGUCACAAAACACAAAAUUAGCAUCACUGAGUAUUAUCCAAUUGCUUUCCAUCAUUUGAGAGCGUAUUAUUGGGUCGAUAAUUUAAGUGGAACAAUGAACAUGGAAGGCAUUGUUGAAAUGUACAAACGUCCAUUUGAACCAACUUCAGUAAUUCUCGAAUCGGUGAGAAAUAAUUUCAGUGAAGGAAAAUCAGGUAGUUUCUUCUUGUUUACCUAUGAUUCACAAUUUAUGAUCAAAACGAUCACGGAUGAGGAAUUGAAAUUUUUGUUGGAAAAUAUUCAAUUCUUUUACAAGCAUUACACGACAUUUAGAGAUACCUUAAUUGUGAAAAUAUUUGGAAUUUAUGAGUUACGAAUGACUGCAAACUUUAAAGUGAAAUUCAUUGUGGUAAAUAAUGCAUUACACAAUCGAUUAGCCAAAGAUCGUGGCUCACAUUACGAUGCUCUUUCCAUUGACACUAAAUUUGAUUUGAAAGGAAGUUGGGUGAAUCGAACCAAUCUUCCAGAACUCGAUCACUAUUCACAAACAUUGAAAAAACGUGGAGGAUUAACAACUAGCGAAGGAGUUCAAGAAAUUUCAUCUUCUUCCUCUCGCCCAAACACUUUGCUGUUGGAUAAUGAUUUUCACAAGAAACGAAAACUCGUAUUGGAAAAUAAGCAAAUUUAUACUCGUCUCAUCCAACAAUUAGUGAUCGAUUCCAACUUUUUAAAGAGUGUGAAUAUUAUGGAUUAUUCUUUAUUAGUUGGAAUUGCUGAAGAUGAUCCAACAGUAUUCUCUGUGGAACCUCUUCCAAAUGAAAUUCAAUUUUAUGAACCCUUCCACAAACUGUAUAAGGGAGGAAUUGAAGCAGUCGAUUUGGAUACAACAUUCAACCGCUCUGUGAUUCUCUUUCUUUCCGUUAUUGACAUUUUACAAUUAUUUAAUAUUGAAAAGAAAGUUGAAACUCUAUUCAAAACUAAAAUAUUAAGAAAAGAUCCAAAUGGAAUUAGUAGUAUCGAGCCACUUCAAUACGCAGAGAGAUUCCAAACCAAUGUUCUCUCGAAAUUCGCAUGUCGAGAAGAUUUUUAUCUCAACAAAUUGAAUUCCAAUCAAACGUCAUUAAGCUCUGGUUCACCGACACCUUCUUACAUGUCGAGUGGAAUUUCCAUUUCAAGUAACGAUGCAAAUGGUUCAAGAAAUUAUCGAACGGGAAGUGAAAUUGCAUUUUCAGCAACACCUGUGGUUUCCUCUUUUGCGAGUGUGGAUCGAUUCAAUCAUUUGCAUUCCCAGCUACAACAACCAUUUGCAACAAGACAAGGAGAUGCACAUAAUGAUGGAGAAGAGCAAGGAAAUCAUCGAGAUCAUAGUAAUGAGAUUUUAUUGACUGAAUACAAAAACAUCAAACUUUAG